AAUACUUACUACCCUAACAGUUUAUGACUAUAUAUCUUACAAUCUUGUGACAUAUAAUUAAUUCAACUAUACAGUAUAUCCGUGUGAACAUUUACACAUUGUUUUAUUAUUUAGUACCAAAAUAUAUAUUGCCUUGACCCACAUAAGUAGGCUGGACAGUUGAAAGAUUUUGCUGGGUGAAAUUUAGUUCAUUGCAUUCGUCAUGGAGGCCAUUAUGUUAAUAUAACCGUAUAUACAAGUUUUGUGUAGUAGUUUUAGAGGAAUCGGGGAAACCGGCUGUAUUUUAGGUGUUGUUUCACCCUGGCUCUUUCUAUCAAUUGUAUUGAGCCCUGUGGCACCAAAUCGUUUUUAGAACAUAUUGUUAAUCAAAACAUAAGGCCCACUACUGUUAUGCAUACAGCCCCACUAGUAUAAGGAUGACAAAGAAGACAUGCAAGAGAUCAUACAAAUGUCAUAUAUAUGUAUCUUUACUGAGCUGCUAUUUACAAUUUUCAUGAAAAUCCAUUGUCAUCUGUAGUUAGCCUUUAACAAUUCCGAAAUGACAAUUAAUUUUUCUAAACUUGCUCCUCCAUUGUUAUCCUAUGGAACAAGGCUAGAUGUGCAGACCUGCCUGUGUAAUUCAUAAGAUAUCUCAAAAUGUAUGUUGAUUUUUUUUCCCAAGUCAUUUUAAUUCAGUUCCCUUGGAACUCGGAGCUUCGCCUUUUGUUUUCCAAUGGAGAGACAUACUGGUUUAUUAAGGUGAAAUAAUGUAACAUUUUAAAUUUCUAUAAGUGGGGCAUCAUUUUAAUCAAGACAAUCUUCUCUUUUUAAUAAGAAAUGAUUUGGCUGCGCCAUUCCUUGUAAACAAACGCUAACCUAUAAAUAAUCACAAGUUAUUUUAUUUUUUAGUACUUCCCGGUUACCCAGAUGUAAUCGCAAUUGAUACUAUAGGGGAUUGAAUGUUUACUUUCUACAUCAGAUGUUUUUUUUCCCAGUUUUGUCUUAAGAAGCGAUGGUUGGAGUUAAAUAAAAAUGGACGCAUUUGUUGGUGCCAUUUUGAGGGAAUGGGAUUCUUAGCACUAAUCAUGCCACGAGAGGCUCAGCGAAGCUGACCAUGGUGGUCACUAACAGUGCUUUGAAGGGGAAGGACAUUGGAGCCAUUGUCAAAGCCAUAUUCAAAGGGUCUCCGCCCAGCACCCCAAAGGGAGCGAGUCGCAGGCUGCUCCUGUACCAGCACUGCAUCCCCCUGUGUGAUUCUGGAGAUCUCCAGACAGAGGUGGCAUCAGACAUAUUAGGACUCCUGAUGCUUGAGACCCACAAUCUGCCCGGCCCCUCCUUGGCACAGCUGGCCUCUCUCUUUGUUGAUGCCAUUAAGACAGGCAAGAUGGGGAAUGGCAAAUCCAUGGAGCUCUUUCCCACAGUCCUCACGGCCCUUGCUUCCACUGAGGCCCUCUCCUAUGGGAAAGGAGAGCUGAGUGGUGAAGAGUACAAGAAGCAGGUCAUCAACAGCCUCUGCUCCAGCAGAUGGGACCCACAGUGUGUGAUCCACUUGACCACCAUGUUCAGAGAUGUGCCCCUUUCCCCGGAGGAGCUGCAGUUCCUGGUGGAGAAGGUCCUGAGAAUGUUCCUCAAACUGGACCUGCAGGAGAUCCCACCACUAGUCUACCAACUCCUGCUGUUGGCUGCUAAGGGCUGCAAGAAACAAGUCCUGGAGGGAAUCAUCAGUUACUUUACAGAGCAGGACCUUCGCCAAAAAGAGGAACAGAAUAACGGAGAGAUUUCGGAUUUGGAGGUUCAGUCCGUCCCUGAGGACCAGCUGAGGCACGUGGAGGGCACGGCCAUCUUGCAUAUAGUCUUUGCAAUGCGACUCGACCACGAGCUGGGAAGGGAGUUCCUGAAAAGCCUCAAGGGCUCCCAGGGAGAUCUCUGUCCAUUCAGCAUUGCUCUGCUGCUCUCUGUGGCCAGGAUCCCACGCUACGAGGAACAGGUCUUUGAGCUCCUGAAGGGGGCGAUCAGUAAGGACUUAAAGAAUGAGCAGCUGCGUCACGGCUCCAAGUUCCUGCAGGACCUACUGCCUCAGCGCUGCAGCCUUGCUCAGAUGAUCCUGGACACGGUCAAGAACAGUGUUUUUGGCUGGGACCAUGUGACCCAGGGGCUAGUCCAGCUGGGUUUCAUUCUCAUGGACUCGUUUGGGCCCAAGGCAGCACCAUUUGGGAAGACCGCCGCCGAGGGGGCCAUUGUCACGGCCAAGACUCCCACACAACAGGCCUGUAGACUGGGGGGACAGGUCCUCUUGGAGGGCUUUAAGAUGCAUGAGCCGAUCAGGGUUGAGAUAUUGGAGCAAGUCCUGAACCGCUUGGUCACAAAGACAGCCACUCCAGUCACUCAUUUCAUUGAGCUCCUUUCAGACAUUGUGGUCUCCGCUCCCAUGAUCCUCCUGGAGUCAUCGUCCAAGGUGACUGAGACAUUUGAUCAUCUGUCCUACCUGCCGCUAGCCACCGUGCAGGGACUACUGAAGGCUGUCCAGCCACUGCUGAAGGUCAGUAUGUCCAUGAAGGACGCUCUGAUCCUGGUACUGAGGAAGGCUAUGUUCUCCAGCCAGUUGGAUGGGAGAAAGUCUGCCCUGACUGGCUUCCUGUUGCUGCUGAAGAACUUCCGGGUCCUGGGGAGCCUGUCCUCCAGUCAAGCCAGCCAGACCAUCUCCUCCAGCCAGGUCCAGGUGGACGUCCACUCCCGCUACAACUCUGCGGCUAAUGAAGCCUUCUGCCUGGAGAUCCUCAGCAGCCUGCGCCGCUGUUUGGGCCAGCAGGCCGACGUACGCCUCAUGCUGUACGAGGGUUUCCAUGACGUCAUACGGCGCAACUCCCAGCUGGCCAGCUCCAUCAUGCAGACCUUGCUUUCCCAGCUGCGGCGGUACUAUGAGCCAGAACAGGACCUUUUACCACCAGUGAAGCUGGAGUCAUGCAUCAGUGCUCAAGGAGACCAAGUCUUCCUCCAGGAGCCUCUGUCCCACCUAUUGAGCUGCACAGUCCACUGCCUGCUGUGGUACCAGGGCAUGUCCCAGCCCAACGCUGGCGAGAGCGACAACGACGACGAUGAUGAGGGGGGAGUUCAAGCUGAACUGCAGAGCCUCUUGGAGAGCAUCACGCGUCGGAUGAUCAAAUGUGAAUUGGAGGACUUUGAGCUGGACAAGUCGGCUGAGUUCUCUGUGGUGUCCAGUGUUGGGGUGAAGAACAGCAUCUAUGCGGUCCUGGUGAUGGGAGUGUACGAGGUGCUCAUGGAAUACAACUUCACCAAGGCCAACUACAGUAAGAGUGUUUUUGAGGAAGUCCUGGAGCUGUUUAAACGCUACAACAAAAUGGCUCAGAUCCUAAGGGAGAAGUCUGGAAAGGGCAAGAGCAGCAAGAGCCCCCGCAGCCUGCUGUCUAUAGGCUUUGUGUCAACGCUGCUCACUGCACUCUUCAGAGAUAGCACUCAGAGCAGGGAUGAAGCUCUUACAGUGCUGCGCUCCAGUGGGGACUUCCUGCGCUACUCUGUGAGCGUGGCCCUGCAGAAGGUCACACAGCUGGAGGACACUGGACACACGGACGGACCCGAUGGCCAAAACACAGACAAGACUUUCCGCCACCUCUGUGACAUCACCAGUGUCCUGAUGUGGCGGUACACCAACAUCCCCUGUGCAGUAGAGGAUGCUGGGAAGGAGAAACGCUGCAGUGUGUCCCUCCUGUGUCUAGAAGGCCUGCUGAGAAUCUUCAGCACCUGUCUGCUGCGCUACCCAGCCAGGCUGGUCCAGCUCCUCUCUGCCAACGAUGUCUCUGUGGGAGAAGACAGUCACGGGCCAGAGAAACACAGUGUCACAGAGAAGACAUCUUUCUACAUUCGCCAAUUCCAGAGGGCGCUGUUCACGCAGCUGAGUGGGGUGGAGGAGGAUUUCAACAGUAAGGAGGCUCAGCUCCUGGUCAACAUCCUGAGUGUGCUCUCACGUCAGCUGGAGCCCUCCUCCCAGCAGUUUGGUGAAGUGAUCACCUGGACUGUGAAAGUCUGCAAGGAAACCAGCUUUGAAGACGCAGCGUUCAGUAAGGGCCUGCUCUCCCUGCUCUUCAGUCUUCACGUACUCUAUAAGAGUCCUGUUAGUCUGCUGUUGGAGCUUUGUCAAGACAUACACAGUCAGCUGGGAGACAUUGACCAGGACGUGGAAGUGGAGCAGCAGUCUCACUUUGCCAUUGUCAACAUGAAGACCGCUGCUCCUGCAACACUCCUUGUGCUGUCUCAGGUGGGGAGAGUGCUGGAUGAAGUUGACUGGUUGAUCGCCAAGAAGAAAGGCCAGUUAGUCCCUGACAAGCCCAGCCCUGGCGAUGCCACCCAGGCAGUGCGGCAGGAGGACCCAGUGGAGAAGGCCCUGACGUUGCAGUUGGGAGCCCUCCUGACGGCCCUGAACGAGCUGGUCCAGACGGCCCUGCCCCCUGGGGUCUGCACAAACACCCUGCUGGGAGAGCUGAGCCGCACAUACACCACCCUCACCACCCUGGUCAAGUAUUAUAUCCAACUGUGCUCGGGCCAGCAGGGUGUGCUCCCUGUACGCCUGGAGAAACUGGUCAAGCUGUCAGGCUCUCACCUGACCCCACAGUGCUACUCCUUUAUCACCUACGUGCAGAGCGGAGAGCUGGCUGGGGUGGCAGAUGACAAGAAGAAGAAAAAAGAGGGGGAGGCAGUUAAUUCAGCGUCUGUAAAACUUCUGCGUGAGACCAAGGCUAUUCCCAACCUCAUCUACAGUAUCGAGCAGUAUGAGAAAUACCUCAUCACCCUCUCCAAAAAAUCCAAGGUUAACCUGAUGCAGUACAUGAAGCUGAGCACGUCCAGAGAUUUCCGCAUCAAUGCAGCCACUCUGGAGUCUGCGCUGCAGGAACAAGACGACAGUCAACAGACCACAGUCUCCCAGCAGCCGGAGGAGAGCCAGGAGCCCAGGAAGAAGAAAAGGAAACAGUGAAGGAGAACAAUAAUGCCCUAUCUUUCCUUUGUUAGGAGGCCAAAC